AUGAGCCAUCUAUCCGGUUCGCCGCCUGAACGACCGAAUCAUCUGCAUGUUAGCUAUGUGGAUGAAGUUCAUGGAAAGGUCGGGUUGUCGUCAUCUCAAUUUUAACGUUUUCAAUUUCAGGAUCAUUCGCCGGCUCUCAGUCAAAAGAUCAAAGUGCCAAAGAAGCAGUAUUCGCAGGAGGAUCCGUUGAGAAGAAUGGCUACUCCGGUAUUUGAUAAGGUUUGUCGCCGCUGACCAACUGUCAUGCCAUUAUUAUACACAUUUUCAGCACGAACAAGAGAACCGCAAGAAAGGGCCCUCGUCGGCGGCGACUGUCCUCGCGCUCUCCGGUCUUUUCGUCGUCGGCACCACCCUCAUUCUCAGCGGCAUCAUCGUUUUGAUCGUGGUGAGUGACAGCAACGCAUUGUCUAUCGUUUUCAAUUUAAUUCGGUUCUUCCGCCAAGUCGCCAGUGAAGAAAUCAGCUGGUUUUGGGUUGAGAGUCGAAUCAAACCGUAGAAAAUUUCUGAACAACGUUCUGGAAUAACCUUAAACACAGCCCGAUUCCUGUCUAAGACCCCCAUCCGUUAUCCGUCUCAUCGUCGCAUGCAUGUUUCGGUGUGGAUUCUCUAAAAGAAAGUGACAAUACACUUCUCGCUUUCCCUUUCCCCUUCUCUUUGAUUCCAUAAGGCAUUCGGCGGUACGAGACUGAGAGACCCAAGACGAAAAAAGUUCAUUCUCGACAUCUUCUCCGUAUCUAUUGUACAUCUCUCCUGUCAUCAUUGUCUUUGAAGGCGCGGGCCUGAAGCGAUGAAGCAGGAACAACUGAUCUUUUAGACAAUUUGUAAACAUUCGUUGAGAACCUCAAAAAAAGCUAUACGCAAAUUGGUCAGCUGCAUUCUUCAUCUUCCUAAUUCGAUUUUUUUGGCGUGGAUGAUAAAUGAAGCGGAUAUUGUACCCGUCAUUUUCAGCAACAAGAACCUCCGUUCGUCAUCACCGGAUGCCUUUUCCUUGGCGUCGGCGUUGCCAUGCUUUUGGUGUGUGUCGCCCUCCAACGCAAGAACCUUGUCAAGUUUGUCCUGGACGUCAAUCGCGACUUGUACUUUUUGAACAUGAACAAGUCGAUAAUGUUCAAGGCGAUGUUCGAGAUCAAUUCAGAGUUGCCCUUGUCUCAUGCUGACUGA